AUGGAAGCAUUAGACAAGAACAUGACAGUGCUCGUGCAAGGGAUUGAUGUAUUGUCCUUCACUGGUUUAAAUGAAUCUUUCGCCAACGUGAACUACUCAGGACACCACAUCCAUCGGCUGCCGGUGGAACUUCUACAGCACAUAUUAUUGCUCAUCGUGAACGACAUACCAGACUCUCCUAGUAUUUUCUCAUUUGAAGAUACCACUGUCUCAGCCAAUGUUGCAGGUCCGCCCCUAGUCUUCACCCGGGUGUGCCGCCUUUGGCGAGUGCUCGCACAUUCAACUUGGACAGGGGUCUGGUCGCGCAUCCAGGUGGCACUUCCUGGGCGAGUUGAACCAUUGGGGCCGUUUCUUCCAUCUCUGCUCCAGUUUUGGCUCGCCUUCUCUGACAGUCGGCCUCUCACCCUUAGCGUCGCAUCUGGACUACGCCGCGUCCCAUUCCGCUGCACUUGGCCAGCUUCAGAGGCAAAUUCUCAAGUGCUCAAUAUCCUCCUUUCUGAGAGUGGGCGUUGGGAGACGGUGACUGUCACGUCACCCGUGGAUGAUGACUUUGACACACCUCAGUUAAGAACCCUGGGAUGUCACUGGUCAGAUCUCAGUAGAUUCAAUGCACCAAAUCUCUCUCUCCUACCACCUGAUUCAAACCUACUCCUACCUGCAACAGUGUACGCCAUCUCCACCUCCAGAAUGCUUCCACCUGUGUCAUACGCUCCACUUUAG